CGGGGGCGGGAUUUGUCGGCGGCGGGGAGGGGGUCACUGGGGAGCGUCGGUGGUGGUGCGGCGUCGGUUUUUACCCGAGUUCUGUCCUCGUCAUGGCUGCCGCUGCUGCCGGUUCUCCGGCUGACAAGGAGCGAUUCAUCUGCAUUUACCCAGCAUACUUGAAUAACAAGAAGACAAUAGCAGAAGGAAGAAGGAUCCCUAUAGACAAAGCUGUUGAAAAUCCCACGUCUACAGAAAUCCAGGAUGUAUGUGCAGCGGCUGGAUUCAAUGUGCUAUUAGAGAAAAAUAAGAUGUAUCCUAGAGAGUGGAACAGAGACGUGCAGUACAGAGGCAGAGUACGAAUCCAGCUCAGGCAAGAUGAUGGCAACCCAUGUUUACCUCAGUUUCCGACACGCAAAUCAGUGAUGCUGUAUGCUGCAGAAACUAUUCCCAAACUGAAAACAAGAACCCAAAAGAUGGGAGGUAGUGAUCAAAGUCUCCAGCAAGGAGAGGGAGGCAAGAAAGGUAAAGGGAAGAAAAAGAAAUGAGCUCUCUUCUGGAAUAACAGUUACAUCACACUGUUGUACUUAUGACAAAUAUGGAUGGACACAUUACUUGCCGAAACUUCAGAGUGAAAGAUAUGAGCAAGAAAUAAACAGGUGAAACAGAAUAGAACUGCCUGCUUUUCUUGGGACUGGAAUGCAUGUGGCUGCCUUGUAUCUGUGUAACAAUCAGUCUUCACACAACCUGCAAGUCUGAAGCUGGCAUCCACUUUUAAAAGUGGAAGAACAUAAGGAAAUGGGGGGGGGGGGGGGCGCGAGAAUUAUUCUUUCCAGGAGAAAUAUGCAGCUUUUAAUAAAUACAUAUUCUUAUGCAGACUAGAUACCUGAAAACUGGUUGCCUUAGUAAACUAUUCAUCUAUGCUGGUGAAGUGAUUUCUGUUAGUGAUGAAGGCUCUCCAGGCUUAAGACAAAGUGUAAAUCAAUAAAGUUAUGACUCUGUAAACUUCCCUUGCUAAUAGUCUUUCACAACUGUCAAGUGGUCUAAUAAAGGUGACAUGUUAGUAGUCUCAUCUGGGACAAAAACUGUUGAAGAUAAUGUGUCAUAUGAUGAUUCAGGCUGUACAGUUGUAAGCCAAGGCAUUCCAACAAGGUUCUGGGAAACUUUACAGUCAAGAGUUACAGGUGCGUACAGAAACACAGCUGUCUGUGUUUUGUUUUGGGUUUUUUUUUUAAUUUUUGCUCCUUCACAUGUUCAGUACAGCUGGUGCUUUGCAGUGUUUAUCCACACUUGGUAGGGCUCUACCUCUCUGGUAACUGCUGGCAGUGAUUAGACUGACAGAACAAACCACUCAAAGAAUACUUGUUUGUCCAUACCAAAUGUUAAAGCUUGUUAAUAGUUAGAGAGACUUAGAAACAGUUCUGAUCAGAUUAAAUGCCAAAUCCCCUGUAACACUCAGAUAGAUGCAGUGCUACAUGUACCUUCAAAGUCUUUUAUGAGUGAUCUGUGGCUUAGGGAGGUUGCGUGAGUGGCUUUUUCCACUUCAUGUGACAAAUCAGUGGCAAAAUUGCAUGUAAAAGCUGGAGGUUCCUGAAAACUAUUUCCCUCUUGUAGCUGAUAAAUGUCUUCCUUCUGCCCUGGUUAUCACAAAUUACUAGUUUGUUUUGGAACUAGCUUGCCUGUAAGCUGUGUGCAUCUCAAAUAUGUGCGUCAUCAAAGGCACCGCCAUACAUUAAGGAUACAAAGCUACUGGAGUGUCAUGGUUUUAGCUGGGAUAGAGUUAGUUUUCUUCACUGCAGCUGGCACAGUGCUGUGCUUUGGACUCAGUAUCAAAACAAUGUUGAUAACACACCGAUGUUUUAGUUGUUGCUGGGUAGUGCUUGUACUAGUCAAGGGCUUUUCCAGCUUCCCAUGCUCUGCCGGGUGCACAAGGUGCCGGGAGGGGAGGGGGCACAGCCAAGAGAGUGGAUUCAAACUGGCCAAAGGGAUAUUCCGUAUCAUGUAAUGUCAUGCCCAGUAUGUGAACUGGGGGGAGCUGGCCAGGGGAGGCAGGCAGCAAUUGCAGCUCGGGGACCAGCAGCAUCAGUCGGCAGGUGGUGAGCGGUAGUAUUGUUUGUAGUGUUUAUUUUUUUUACCUCUUUUCCUUUUUAUUAUGCUAUCAUAAGCAUGGUUACUACUAUUUCAUUCUAAUUAUUAAACUGUUCUUAUCUCAA